AUGAAAUUGUGGUCGUUCGCCGUCACCGUGUGCCGCCAUUUCAGCUCCAAAUCUGCUUUUGGCACUAGCCAGAAAACUGGCAAAUUUAAUUAUUGGAUUAAGGCUGCAAAUCGUUCCAAAAAAGUGAGAACGCCUAAAAUUAAUUGGACGGAUGAGCAAAAUCGAGCGUUGGAAGCUGUUUCGAAUGGAAAAUCUGUUUUUGUUACAGGCUCUGCUGGUACGGGGAAGACGUUUUUGCUUGAGGAAAUCAUUAAGAGGCUGAAGAAAAUCCAUGGCCGGUCUAGGGUUUAUGUGACUGCUUCGACCGGGGCGGCCGCCUGCGCCCUCCACGGACAGACGCUGCAUUCGUUUGCCGGCGUUGGUUAUGGGGAGUUGGAUAGGGAGGGGCUGCUGGAGAGGGUUUUGUCGGAUAAAAGGGCGUGCCGGAGGUGGAGGAACGUGAAGGCAUUGGUUAUCGAUGAGACGAGCAUGGUUGAUGCGAAGCUCUUCGAUGGCAUGGCUUACGUUGCCAGGACUUUGAGGGAGGAGGAUAAGGAGACUUGGGGCGGGAUUCAGCUGAUUGUGAGUGGCGAUUUCUUUCAGUUGUCGCCUAUUAUUGAAAAGACGAAGACGAAGGAGAAGGGGAAGAAGAAAAGGAAGAAGAAGGGGGAUGUGAAGGUGUAUGCUUUCGAAGCAGAUUGUUGGGGGUCGAGCUUUGAUCUUCAGAUUGAGCUGACGAGGGUGUUCAGGCAGUCGGACUCGUUGCUGGUGCAUUUGCUGCAGGGGAUACGGAGGGCAGAGAUCGGCCCUGAAGAGUUGGAGCUUCUGGUUGAGUGUUGCUCGGUGAAUGAGCCGGAUCCUGACGCUGUGCGUCUCUUUCCAAGGAUUUCGGAUGUUGAUGAGGUAAAUAAGGAGAAGAUGAAGGGAUUGGGCGAGGAGAUUUACACCUACACAGCUCAAGAUUCGGGCGAGAAGCAGUGGAAAAGGCAGCUGGAGAUAGGGAUUGCUCGCGACACCCUUGAGCUCUGCGUUGGUGCUCGGGUGAUGCUGAUAAAGAACAUAAGCCCGUGGCGUAAGCUGGUGAAUGGUGCAACCGGGACUGUCUUAGGGUUCUGCAAGCUCGUUGACAAGAACUACGGGAUGUCUGCUGGUUGCAGCCACGGGGACGUGCUUCCUUUGGUGAAGUUCGACUCGGGCUCUGAGCUGAUAGUCGAGCCAGAGACGUGGGAGGUCAGGGACGGGGAUAAGGUGGUUGCUAGACGAAGGCAGAUCCCACUUAUACUGUCGUGGGCGCUGAGCAUUCACAAGUGUCAAGGGAUGAGUCUCGACAAGCUGCACGCGGACCUGUCUCGGGUUUUUGGGCAUGGGAUGGUCUAUGUUGCGCUGUCGCGUGUGAGGAGCUUGGCGGGGCUGGGUCUGUCGGGUCUGGAGCCAUCGAAGAUCAAGGCUCACCCCAAAGUUCUGGAGUUCUACCGCGGUUUUAGUGAGAGCGGGGAAGGGGGAAGUGAAGUGGUUGUUGGCAAGAAAAAACCAUCUUAG